GGAGUCCAGCUUUAUCGAAGAGUGUGCAAAUACUAUAUCACAUAGAGACAAAAUAUACACGAUCACGUAAACCAUCAAGUAUUAUUAUGCUUAUGACUGUUCCCGUUCACAAAAAAGAUCUCGCCAUUUGGAUUGAUGGCAUACGAAUAAUUUCUGGAAAUCCUGGAGAAUAUAUACAAACACAAAAUCAUGGGGGCUACCAUUGUAAUCCUUUAAGAAUAUUGCAAAAUUGGACGAAACAUAUACAAUCACGUAGACCAUCAAGUACUGUUAUGCUUAUGACAUUAUCUGGUUCACAAAAAAGACCUGUUGAAUUUUUAAUGGAA